AGGGAAGCCUGGACAGAUGAGUGUUUGUUCCUCCAACACUCAAUUGCUCUUGGACUGGCCAUUGAAUCCUCCACAUCAUCCACAUACAACUCACAUCUCAAUUCCUUUAUCAAUUUCUGCCAGUUACACCAUCGCCUCACCGAUCCUACACCAGACACUUUGUCUUAUUAUGUGGUGUGGCUCUCACACCAUAUAGAACCUCACUCAGUCGAUACAUAUCUUUCAGGUAUCACAAACAAACUCAAAUUCAUGUUGCCAGAUGUGUGUGCCACUCAGUGUUCACCUCUUGUCACUCGUACUCUACAAGGACACAAGCGGCAACUAUCUAAACCCAUAUGUCAGAAGAUGCCCAUUGGAGAACAUGACAUCACUUGUAUCAUUGAAGCUGUUGGUUUGCAUCCCGAUUAUGACAACUCCCUGUUCAUUGCUAUGCUGAUUACUGGCUUCAAGAGUUUACAACGUCUGGGCGAGCUUGCUUGGCCAGACUCCAGGAAUUUAGCGGUCAUUCAUUGA